AUGUCGAAUUCUCCCACGAGCUCUACACAUUCUGCCCCAAAUCCCAUCGACGCAACAAGAUCCAUCGCCUCAUCGCCGACGACGACAAUGACAUCAGCGCAUAGCGGGGGGCCGGACACAGACGGACUUAACGACAACGACGACCGGAAUAAUAAUGAGAAUUCGCUUGACGAUAUCUUUGGGUCGUCGCCAGGUAGUGAGAACUAUUUUCCGAUCAAUAACAACAACAACAACAGUGCGCGAGAAGCAGAGUCUCGGCCGGAACCCUCAGAUUUGCCCGCUCUGCGCCGGCAACACGUCACCGCUGGGUACCGCGAUGGAAUCUCAGCGUCCAAAGCCGAACACGUACAGGAAGGAUUUGAUGGCGGGUACCCCGUUGGAACGCAGUUUGGACUCAGAGUGGGCACGAUAUUGGGGAUACUAGAGGGCGUGAUCAAGGGGUUGCAAGGGCGAGACUCGGCAGGACCGGUCAAGAAACGAGCCACCCCGGGCACAAAAAAGCAGACCAACGAAAACACCGAAACGGAGGAGGAAAAAGCAGUUCGAAAUGAAAGAAUACAAAAGAUCAAGAAGCUUUACACAACAGCUGUCAAGGAAUUAGACGUUGAAGCCCUCUUUGGUGGCCUCAAGACUGACGAAGAAGGCGAAGCGGGAGACCAAAAACCAGAAGCCCGAAUGAAAGCCAAAGCUGAGCCUGUACUGGCCAAAUGGGAGAAACUCGUGGGUGUGACAACAUGGGAGGAGAACAUGGAGACAGUCGAAAGCAUGGAAGAUGCAGACGAAAAAACGGGCUGA